CCGGAAACGAAUAUUAGAUGACAGCUAGACAAUACAAUUGUUUUGUGUAUUGUUAGUGACAGACUUAAAGGUCUUGAUUAGACCAUUUUUACGGCAUAUGCAAUCACGUUAACUUAAUUUCGGGUGUCGUUGUUUGUUCGGGGCAGUUGUUUUCGAGGAAAGGAUCAUUCAGCCAUGCUGUCUGACGCAGAUUAUGGUGGCAACGCGUCCGCUGGUCGACAACGGGGGAAAAAGCGAGGAGCAGCGGCAGAACCCACGUCAGGAGACAGCCAGCCCAUGCGGUCCACUGGCAGACAGAGCAACGUCAGGGUGAGGCGAUCCAGCAACAAUAGCAACAAUCCUACUGGACAGGCCAAGAGGAAGGCCACAGACACAGACGAAGAGGACGAUCAGUCAGAGAAAAAGUACAGGAAAUGUGAGAAGGCAGGAUGCCCAGCUACCUAUCCAGUGUGCUUUGCCAGUGCCUCUGAAAGGUGUGCCAAAAAUGGUUACACAUCAAGAUGGUACCACCUCUCCUGUGGCGAGCAUUUCUGCAAUGAGUGUUUUGACCACUACUAUAGAAGUCACAAAGAUGGCUAUGAGAAGUACGCAUCCUGGAAGAGGGUGUGGACUGGGAAUGGUAAAAGUGAACCAAGUCUCAAGGCUUUCAUGGCUGACCAGCAACUUCCCUACUGGGUUCAGUGCACAAAGCCAGACUGUGGCAAGUGGAGGCAGCUCACUAAGGAAAUCCAGCUCACCCCAUCUCUGGUCUCCACCUACCGCUGCGGACUCAAAGUCAAUAACGUCAAGACUGAAGGACCAGACCAGUGCUCUCUUCCAGAGGACAUGCGAGUGGCUGGAGUGAGUGACAGCUGGUGGAACUCCAUGUUGAUCGUGCCCCCGCUGCUGAAGGACAGCCCCGCCAACCCUUUCCUCAUUGCCUACUACCCUGACUGUGUGGGCAUGAGUCCCUCUGCGUCGCCUAGCAACUUUGCCCACGGUGACCUGAGGACAGAACGCAGACGGGUGAUCCAGCCACAGAUUCCAGGUCUGUGUCCGUACUUCCAGCCGUUCUACCAGCCUAACGAAUGUGGCAAGGCUCUGUGUGUGCGGCCAGACAUGAUGGAGCUGGACGAGCUCUACGAGUUUCCAGAAUUUUCUCGUGACCCAACCAUGUACCUUGCCCUGCGAAACCUCAUCCUGGCUGCGUGGCAUCGAGAGUGUAAGGAAGCGCUUACGCCACAGAAGUGUAUCCCCCAUGUGACCAUCCGUGGACUGGUGCGGGUGCGCUGCGUGCAGGAGCUGGACAGAGUCCUCCACUUCAUGACCCGGAAGGGAUUGAUUAACACGGGAGUCUUACUGGUGAAGCAGCCCACUCUGCCAGAACAGUACCACCAAAAGAAGAAAGUGCUGGUUAUUGGUGCUGGAGCAUCAGGAUUGGCGGCAGCGCGGCAACUCAAAAACUUUGGCAUGCAGGUGGUGGUUCUGGAGGCUCAAGACCGGAUUGGAGGCCGCGUCUGGGAUGACCAGUCACUAGGUGUCACUGUUGGACGAGGAGCACAGAUAGUCAAUGGCUGUGUCAACAACCCUAUUGCCCUCAUGUGUGAGCAGCUGGGUGUUAAGAUGCACAAGCUUGGGGACCGAUGUGACCUGCUGCAGGAGGGAGGUGGCACCACAGACCCAGCCAUAGACAAGCGCAUGGACUUCCACUUCAACGCCAUCCUGGACGUGGUCUCUGAGUGGAGGAAGGACAAGUCUCAGCAUCAGGACGCCCCUCUCGGAGAGAAGAUCCAGGAGGUGUAUAAGACCUUCCUUCAAGAGUCAGGAAUCCACUUCAGUGAGCUGGAGGAGAAGGUGUUGCAGUUCCACCUCAGUAACCUUGAGUACGCCUGUGGCAGCACGCUAGAUCAGGUGUCUGCUCGGUCAUGGGAUCAUAAUGAGUUCUUUGCCCAGUUCUCUGGAGACCACACCCUGCUGAGGGAAGGCUACUCCUCUGUGCUCCACAAACUGGCAGUGGGACUGGACAUUCACCUGAAGUCCCCGGUUCAGUCCAUUGACUACUUUGGAGAUGUAGUCAAGGUCACGACUACCAGUGGCUCUCAGUGGACUGCUCAGAAGGUGUUGGUGACCGUCCCACUGGCUCUCCUCCAGAAGGGCAUCAUCCAGUUCUGCCCGCCCCUUCCAGAGAGGAAGCUGAAGGCCAUUCAUAGCCUGGGGGCUGGGGUCAUAGAGAAGAUUGCCCUGCAGUUUCCCUAUAGAUUCUGGGACCGUAAAGUCCAAGGGGCCGACUACUUCGGCCAUGUUCCACCAGUCCCGGAGAACAGGGGGAUAUUUAGCGUGUUCUACGACAUGGACCCAAAGGGUAAACAAAGCGUGCUGAUGUCAGUCCUCACUGGAGAGGCGCUGGCCACUGUCAAAGACAUGGAGGACAAAGAGGUGGCCGACAUGUGCCUGAGGGUCCUGAGAGAACUGUUCCAGGAUCAGGAGGUUCCAGAUUACCAGAAGUUCUUUGUGACCCACUGGAGUCGAGACGCCUGGGCGCAGAUGUCCUACAGCUUCGUGAAGACUGGGGGCAGCGGCGAGGCCUACGACAUCAUCGCGGAGGACGUCCAGGGGAAAGUUUUCUUCGCUGGCGAGGCCACCAACAGGCACUUUCCCCAGACCGUGACUGGAGCCUAUCUCAGUGGGGUUCGAGAGGCCAGUAAAAUCACCGUGCUCUGACGGGCUCUCAGGGAGAACAGUAGCGAUGCGUCAACCUCCAUCUGAAUGUUCUACCGAACAUUCUGGUGCUUUCCAUGGAGAACGCUAGUGAUGAGAGAAGACUGAUGGUUCUGACCCACAAUAACAUUGGUUGUGUACGGGGUGCUUGAGUGGCGACGUUUUCAGGUAGCCACUCUUUUAUGUUCUCGUUUUGAUGAUGUCUGGUUACUCGGCUCUGGAAGGUGAAGUAGCACUUAUUGUGUCAUAUUCAGUGCAAUUAUACAAACAUGGCUCUAUAGGACUGAGUCGGUACAGUGGGAUAUUCUGUUUUCAGUGAUGGAGAGAGAACAUGCUUUUGUUUAGAUAUGUAGGUAAUGCAAGGCAAAAAACAAAUCCACAAAUUAAGGGCUUGUCCAACUUUCUAAUUUAACAUAUAUCAUGACUGAUGUACAUAUAAAGAUUGACUUUAUGAGUUUGUACCUAUUUAUGAUGCUUUGUAAUACACUGUAUAACAAGAAUAAUGCACAUUAUCAAAAUAUAUCAUGUCUUUGUUUCCAACUUG